AUGACGACUGCAGAGCGUCCCAACGGACUGUGGCACCGGAACAGCAUCAAGGCCCUUCAAUCAAAUGAGAUCUCCAGUAACGGUGGCAGCCACGCCCAUGCACAGGCAGAGCUUGUGAGAGAGUGGCAGAAUCAUACACAGAAAGUGAAGUCGAGGAUCCUGGAGCAGGUCCAGGGUCAGCUGAGCAGCCUACUAGAUGAAGCCUUGACCGAGUCUGUCCACAACUUCAAACCAAGCAACCAUGUAGCUGAUGAAACAAUGACAAAAAAUCACACAUCCAGAUCCCACAGAAUGGAGAAUGGCAAAGUGUUUAUGGACAGGGUUUCACUUUUGGAUGAGCUGUUUGAGAUCAGCCACAUCCGGACCAUCUACCACAUGUUCAUAGCUGUGCUCCUCAUCUUCUUCCUGAGCACGCUGGCUGUCGACUAUAUUGACCAGGGCAGGUUGGUGCUGGAGUUUGACCUGCUGUUUUAUGCCUUCGGGAAGCUGGGGACGGUCACCUGGGCCUGGACGGUGAUGUUUGGCUACACCCUGUUUGUGCCCUACUACACCGUGGUGUUCUGGGGGAACUUGUACCACAGCUUCCCCUUCAAGACGGGCGUGUCUCUGGGGAUGGGCCUCAUGCUGGCCGCCACACAGGCCUGUGUGCUGGGGGCGUUUCCCAUCUAUGCGGUCAUACACUACGAGCUGCCCCCAGCCUCACGCUUCAUUGUUACACUGGAGCAGAUUCGAUUCCUGAUGAAGAGCUAUUCCUUCAUAAGAGAAUCUGUCCCGGUCAUUAUGAAGAAUACGCCAAAGGACGGAGAGGCUCCCAGAUUCCCCACACUCUCCAGCUACCUCUACUUCCUCUUCUGUCCGACUCUCAUCUACAGGGAAUUGUACCCCCGGAAUUCACACAUACGUUGGAAUUAUGUUGGUGUUACUGCGGGCAUGAUCUUGGGCUGCCUGUUUUAUGGCUAUUUCAUCCUGGUGCGCCUUUGUGUGCCUGUCUUCAGAAAUGCCACCAACCAGCCUUUCAGCACACGAACAAUGGUGCUAGCCCUGUUCCACUCAACGCUACCAGGUAUAAUGCUCCUUCUGUUGUGUUUCUUCGCCUUCCUCCACUGCUGGCUCAACCUCUUCGGAGAGUUGUUGCGUUUUGCUGACAGAAUGUUCUACAAGGACUGGUGGAACUCGACAUCCUUUGCCAACUAUUACCGUACCUGGAAUGUAGUGGUUCAUGACUGGCUCUACUACUACGGAUACAGAGACUUCCUUUGGCUGUCCAACAGGAAAUUCCGCACCGCCGCCAUGCUGUCCGUGUUCAUCGUCUCCGCCGUGGUCCACGAAUACGCUUUGACCAUGGGCUUCGGCUUCUUCUACCCUGUUAUGUUCUUCCUUUUCGCCGUCUUUGGUGUGAUGUUUAACUUCACCAUGAACGACAAGCGGCAGAGCCCCGUGUGCAACGUCAUCAUGUGGACGUGUCUGUUCAUCGGCCAGGGGGUCCAGGUGUGUUUGUACUGCCAAGAGUGGUACGCCCAGAUACACUGCCCUCGGACAGGGAAUAGCUUCUGGGAGCUGGUGACGCCUCGAUCUUGGUCCUGCAGCUACCAGAAAUGAAGCCUCGGUGACAGCUGCCUUCCUCCGUGGGAUGCAGGGAUGAAGGGAUUGAGGAGUGAGGCAAAAUGAGAAGAGAUGGAGCUCAGAAAGACAUAAUAGACUCAACAUCAAAUGGCUCAUUUACUUUACACUCACAAACCCAGCGUCUCUUUUUUUUUUUUUUUUUUUUUUACCCCUGAAGGAAGGAAAGGAGGAGAAACUGAAAGACUUGUGCAGACUUAUGCAGACACAGCAGUUUUGACACUUUUUUUUUUUUUCCAAAGUGUCAGGAAGGCUCUUUGAUGUGACUGGCGUUCUCAUCUUCACGUUGUUAUUCUGAUGUCAAGUUAACCUCAUCUCUCCAAGUCUGUCCUCUUUUUGAGCUUUCUCAAUUUACCUCUUAAUUUAAAAUGAAGUUAUUGCAACAAAGCAAAAUUUCUCAGCUGCUGAUAGAUCAUCGCACCGUUGACAAACUAUUAACUGCAGAAUAAUAAGGGGCUGGUUUAUUGACAGGAGAUGUUAUUUAAUGCUGAGCUUGAUGAAAGUCGCCUGCCCUCGAACAUCCUGCCGUACAUUACAAGUGUCACUGCAGGGGAAAUAGAAAACGUUUUUCAGCGUUAAAGGGAUCUUGAUUUCUGCAGCUGCCUGGGUGUCAUUCCUCCGGUUAUUAAUCAGCUUUAUACAUUUUUUAAUGAGUCUUCAAGAACUGAGAGCAAAGCUAUUAAAUCAGUGAGUCAGUUUGGUUGUCAGAAAUUCACUGAGGAUUCUUACUCAAAUUUGACAUCUCUGCAAAGCCCCUCGUGUUUUGAUAUACAUUUACACCGUUGAUACAUACACCCUGUCUUUGCAUAAAGGACCUCUGUUUAGUUUUUGUUCUCUUUUUUCGUCAUAUGCAACCUAGGAAUAUUGUGAGGGAAAACUUUCCCCAAUUUAAGUCCACUUGUGAGAGACACCCGCUUUUGGAAUUGCUUUCUCUUUCAUCAGAAUGUGUGAGGCUUAUCACCAAAUUUGUGAAUUUCCUCUAUAAAGAGUUUUGAUCUGUCGACUCUAUUCAGAAGGCAUGGGAAAAGGAGAUUAGCGCCGUGACGCCUGAUAAAAUGUGGAGGCUGGCGGUCUAUCGUGUUCAUAGGUGUUCAAUAAAGAGCAGGCGUAGGUUAGUUCAGUUCACCGUGAUUCGCCAUUUUCAUUAUUCUAAGGUCUUGUUACACAAAUUUAACCCCUCUGUGUCUCCAGUUGAUGAAUGUAAAUCAAAUGUUGAAAUGUUGUUGCUUUUAUUUUGGGGCUGUCCACUAAUUCACCCAUUCUAGUCAGGAAUUUUUUUUAUUUAUUUUUCUUCCCCCUGGGGUUUACCAUAGGCCUCUCUCACUCCUAACAGGGACUUGCUCAGAGACGUUAAUUCUCCCCUCUCACAUUCAGACAGCUCCUCUGAUGGGUGUGGCUCUAAAAAACAUUUCUUCUCGGAGACUGGAACACACCAAGUCCAUGCUGCUCCAGAAACUGGUUGCAUGAACUUGUUUCUGUUAUUCACAUGGAAUAAACUGCGAUCUAAUAAUUUCAAUCUAAUGUAAUAACAUAAAGUUGUAUUUAUAUCCAGUUUGGGUUUUUUUUUUUCUUCUGUUUUGUUUUUGAUAUCCCUAUGAUGAUAUGUACUGUAAUGAACUUUGGUGCCCUUUACAUGUGGCUUCUUUUUAGUUAAUUUGCAUCCUUCCCCCUGCCGUGUGUGUGUUGGUGUGUGAUUGAGUGCAGGUCUGUGUAUGUUUAAGUUGAGUUUUGGGCAUUGAUUUCUGUUGAUAUGGAAGAUGCAUUAAUAACAAUAAUACAUACAAGAACUGAGAGCAUAAUAUAUACACUGUAUAUUAAGGGUAGAGUUGGUUGCAAAGCCUGAAAA